UAAAUCCGGAAGACAUUAACAAGCUUAGCGUUCAUUUCACUGGAAUUCGUGUCUGCUAACCGCCUAGUUAUGGUGUCCAUAAGCUUUGUGUUUGCCAAGAUCACAAUGCAGAUCUUUGUGAAAACCCUGACAGGGAAGACCAUCACCCUGGAGGUGGAGCCCAGUGAUACUAUUGAGAAUGUCAAAACCAAAAUCCAAGACAAAGAGGGCAUCCCUCCUGACCAGCAGAGGCUCAUCUUUGCAGGCAAGGUGGAGCCCAGUGAUACUAUUGAGAAUGUCAAAGCCAAAAUCCAAGACAAAGAGGGCAUCCCUCCUGACCAGCAGAGGCUCAUCUUUGCAGGCAAGCAGCUGGAAGACGGUCGUACCCUGUCUGACUACAACAUCCAGAAAGAAUCCACCCUUCAUCUGGUCCUGCGUCUCAGAGGUGGUAUGCAGAUCUUUGUGAAGACCCUGACAGGCAAAACCAUCACCCUGGAGGUGGAGCCCAGUGACACUAUUGAGAAUGUCAAAGCCAAAAUCCAAGACAAAGAGGGCAUCCCUCCUGACCAGCAGAGGCUCAUCUUUGCAGGCAAGCAGCUGGAAGACGGUCGUACCCUGUCUGACUACAACAUCCAGAAAGAAUCCACCCUUCAUCUGGUCCUGCGUCUCAGAGGUGGUAUGCAGAUCUUUGUGAAGACCCUGACGGGCAAGACCAUCACCCUGGAAGUGGAGCCCAGUGAUACUAUUGAGAAUGUCAAAGCCAAAAUCCAAGACAAAGAGGGUCCUCCUGACCAGCAGAGGCUCAUCUUUGCAGGCAAGGAAGAGGUCACCCGUCUACACAACAUCCAGAAAGAAUACCUUCAUCUGGUCCGCGCUAGAGGUGGAUUUUGGAAGACCCUGACGGAAACCUCACCUGGAGUGGAGCCCAGGAACAUUGAGAAUGCAAAGCCAAAAUCCAAGACAAAGAGGCAUCCUGACCAGCAGAGGCUCAUCUUUGCAGGCAAGCAGCUGGAAGAUGGUCGUACCCUGUCUGACUACAACAUCCAGAAAGAAUCCACUCUCCAUCUGGUCCUGCGUCUCAGAGGUGGUAUGCAGAUCUUUGUGAAGACCCUGACGGGCAAGACCAUCACCCUAGAAGUGGAGCCCAGUGAUACUAUUGAGAAUGUCAAAGCCAAAAUCCAAGACAAAGAAGGCAUCCCUCCUGACCAGCAGAGGCUUAUCUUUGCAGGCAAGCAGCUGGAAGAUGGUCGUACCCUGUCUGACUACAACAUCCAGAAAGAAUCCACCCUUCAUCUGGUCCUGCGUCUCAGAGGUGGUAUGCAGAUCUUUGUGAAGACCCUGACGGGCAAGACCAUCACCCUAGAAGUGGAGCCCAGUGAUACUAUUGAGAAUGUCAAAGCCAAAAUCCAAGACAAAGAGGGCAUCCCUCCUGACCAGCAGAGGCUCAUCUUUGCAGGCAAGCAGCUGGAAGAUGGUCGUACCCUGUCUGACUACAACAUCCAGAAAGAAUCCACCCUUCAUCUGGUCCUGCGUCUCAGAGGUGGCUGCUAACUGACUUAAGAAAGCAUAAAUUGCCAAUGAUAGCAUUUUUUGCACUUAUUAGCUAUUAAAUCUUAAGUUUUGAGAUUACCUGGUUCAGUAACAGCUGAGCAAAAUGCUAAUAAAAGUUUUUGUUGCACAUUGA